UCCAGCGUCGACCUCCCCAAGAUGGCGAACGGCGGGGGUCCACUUCCGCUUCCGGUGUGAGAGCCCGGGCCAGGGGGGGCAAGAUGGCGGCGGCUGUAGGGGUCCGCGGCCGGUGCGAGCUGCCACCGUGCUCCAGUCCAGGCUGGUUUCUCAGCCUUUCCGCCUUGCUGAGUGUGGCAGCUCGAGGGGCCUUCGCCACCACGCACUGGGUCGUCACGGAGGACGGGAAGAUCCAGCAGCAGGUGGAUUCACCUAUGAACUUGAAGCAUCCCCAUGACUUAGUCAUAUUAAUGAGACAAGAAACAACAGUUAACUACCUCAGAGAAUUGGAGAAGCAAUUAGUUGCUCAAAAAAUUCAUAUAGAAGAGAAUGAGGACAGAGAUACAGGACUGGAACAGAGACAUAAUAAAGAGGAUCCAGACUGCAUCAAAGCCAAGGUACCCUUAGGGGACCUAGAUCUGUAUGAUGGCACAUACAUAACUUUGGAGAGCAAAGAUAUCAGCCCUGAAGAUUAUAUAGACACAGAAUCUCCUGUCCCUCCAGACCCUGAGCAGCCUGAUUGUACUAAAAUUCUAGAACUUCCAUAUAGUAUACAUGCUUUUCAGCACUUGCGAGGUGUACAAGAGAGAGUUAAUCUUUCUGCACCUCUGCUACCUAAAGAAGAUCCAAUCUUCACAUAUCUAUCUAAACGGUUAGGAAGAAGUAUAGAUGACAUAGGUCACCUCAUUCAUGAAGGCCUACAGAAGAACUCUUCCUCGUGGGUAUUAUAUAACAUGGCUUCAUUUUACUGGAGAAUAAAGAAUGAGCCGUAUCAAGUAGUGGAAUGUGCCAUGCGAGCACUUCACUUCUCAUCCAGGCACAAUAAAGACAUUGCCCUGGUCAACUUGGCGAAUGUUCUGCACAGAGCACACUUCUCUGCUGAUGCUGCUGUCGUGGUCCACGCAGCUCUGGACGACAGUGACUUCUUCACUAGCUAUUACACUUUAGGAAAUAUAUAUGCAAUGCUUGGGGAGUAUAACCACUCAGUGCUCUGUUAUGACCAUGCUUUACAGGCUAAACCUGGGUUUGAGCAAGCUAUAAAGAGGAAGCAUGCUGUCCUGUGUCAGCAAAAACUCGAGCAGAAAUUGGAAGCUCAACAUAGAUCCCUCCAGCGAACACUGAAUGAGUUGAAAGAAUAUCAAAAGCAACAUGACCACUACCUGAGACAGCAGGAGAUCCUAGAAAAACAUAAGCUGAUUCAGGAAGAGCAAAUCUUAAGAAAUAUCAUCCAUGAGACACAGAUGGCAAAAGAGGCACAAUUAGGAAAUCAUCAGAUAUGCCGUCUGGUCAACCAGCAGCAUAGUUUACAUUGCCAGUGGGACCAACCUGUGCGCUACCAUCGUGGUGAUAUCUUUGAAAAUGUGGACUAUGUUCAGUUUGGUGAGGAUUCAUCAACCUCCAGUAUGAUGUCUGUGAACUUUGAUGUUCAAGCAAAUCAGAGUGAUAUCAGUGAUUUGGUCAAGUCUUCUCCCAUAGCCCAUUCUGUUCUCUGGAUCUGGGGCAGGGACUCUGAUGCAUAUAGGGACAAACAGCAUAUUCUGUGGCCUAAAAGAGCAGAUUGUGCAGAAAGCUAUCCUAGAAUCCCUGUUGGUGGGGAAUUGCCAACGUAUUUUCUGCCUCCGGAAAACAAAGGACUCAGGAUCCACGAACUCAACAGUGAUGAUUAUUCUUCAGAAGAAGAGGCCCAAACCCCUGACUGUUCCAUAACUGACAUCAGAAAAAGCCAGACUCUGUCCUACUUAGUCAAAGAAUUAGAGGUCCGCAUGGAUCUGAAAGCCAAAAUGCCAGAUGACCAUGCACGAAAAAUUUUGCUUUCCCGUAUUAAUAACUAUACUAUCCCAGAAGAAGAAAUUGGGUCUUUCUUAUUUCAUGCUAUUAACAAGCCAAAUGCUCCUGUCUGGCUGAUACUCAAUGAAGCUGGACUCUACUGGAGAGCAGUAGGAAAUAGCACCUUUGCUAUUGCUUGUCUUCAGAGGGCUUUGAAUUUGGCUCCCCUUCAAUACCAGGAUGUUCCUCUUGUGAACUUGGCCAACCUUUUGAUUCACUAUGGCCUGCAUCUUGAUGCCACUAAACUGCUGCUUCAAGCUUUGGCCAUCAAUAGCUCUGAGCCCCUGACCUUUUUAAGCCUGGGAAAUGCUUACCUUGCUCUGAAGAAUAUCAGUGGGGCACUUGAGGCCUUUAGACAGGCUUUGAAAUUAACUACCAAAUGCCCAGAGUGUGAAAACAGCCUGAAGUUGAUUCGCUGUAUGCAGUUUUAUCCUUUUCUGUACAACAUCACCUCAUCUGUUUGCAGUGGUAAUUGUCAUGCGAAAACCCUGGACAACAGCCAUGACAAACAGAAAUAUUUUGACAACUCACAGUCACUGGAUGCUGCUGAAGAAGAGCCCUCUGAGACAGGAACAGAGGAAGACCCUGUGCUCUCUGUUGAGAAUUCAGGGAGGGACUCAGAUGUCCUUAGACUUGAAAGUACAGUGGUUGAGGAAAGCAAUGGUUCUGAUGAGAUGGAGAAUUCAGAUGAAACAAAAAUGUCAGAAGAGAUAUUAGCUUUGGUGGAUGAAUUUCAACAGGCAUGGCCUCUGGAAGGCUUUGGGGGAGCACUAGAGAUGAAAGGACGGCGUCUGGACUUACAGGGAAUACGAGUACUGAAGAAAGGUCCCCAGGAUGGAGUGGCCAGAAGCUCUUGCUAUGGAGACUGCAGAAGUGAAGAUGAUGAAGCAACAGAGUGGAUCACAUUCCAAGUCAAACGUGUAAAGAAACCCAAAGGAGAUCAUAAGAAAUCUCCUGGGAAAAAGGUAGAAUCGAAUCAGGCAGAAAAUGUACAUCGUAACCAAGCAAACCUGGAGAUCACUGGCCCAAAGGUGGCAUCUCCUGGGCCACAAGGAAAAAAGCGUGACUACCAGAGUCUGGGAUGGCCCAGCCCGGACGAGUGCCUCAAACUCCGCUGGGUAGAGCUGACGGCCAUCGUGAGUACCUGGCUUGCAGUUUCUUCAAAAAACAUUGACAUCACAGAACACAUAGACUUUGCCACUCCAAUACAGCAGCCAGCGAUGGAACCUGUUUGCAAUGGCAAUCUCCCCACAAGCAUGCACACCCUGGACCACUUGCAGGGGGUUUCCAACCGAGCCAGCCUACAUUACACGGGCGAGAGCCAGUUAACAGAGGUAUUGCAAAAUCUUGGCAAAGACCAAUAUCCACAGCAGUCACUUGAACAAAUUGGCACCCGAAUUGCCAAAGUUUUGGAAAAGAACCAGACGUCCUGGGUCCUUUCCAGCAUGGCAGCCCUCUAUUGGAGAGUGAAAGGCCAAGGAAAGAAGGCGAUUGACUGCCUACGCCAGGCCCUGCACUAUGCUCCACACCAAAUGAAGGAUGUGCCCCUCAUUAGCCUGGCCAACAUCCUGCACAACGCCAAGCUCUGGAACGACGCCGUCAUCGUGGCCACCAUGGCAGUGGAGAUCGCGCCACACUUUGCUGUGAACCACUUCACGCUGGGCAACGUCUACGUGGCGAUGGAGGAGUUUGAGAAAGCACUGGUGUGGUACGAAUCUACACUGAAGCUGCAGCCCGAGUUUGUCCCAGCCAAGAACCGAAUCCAGACCAUCCAGUGUCACUUAAUUCUGAAGAAGGGCCGGCGCUCUCCUUAGCUCACUCCUCCCUUCUCUCCUGUCUCUCUUUUCUCACGCUCUUCAAAACAGGAAUAAGAAACCAGUCAUUGUCAGUAUCUACUUUUAAUGAUGUGUGUGACAAUAACUGAGUAAGACAUAUAACAGGACUUUUACAUAUGUGGGAAUUGGUUUGUUUGGGUUUUUAAGUUCCUUCUUUCCCCCAGCCAACCUCAGAAACAUAAAUUUCUUAAAAGGAAAAUGCAGCCUAAAGAUAUUGUGUAAAUACUGAGCCAAGACAUUUCUGGAGCUGUGCUCUGUCUCGAAAAUGCCUUUAGGGCUUUUCUCAGUGGUCCAGCCAGCCUCCUCCACUUCGGAGGAGGGCGAAACCGCAUCGCACAUUCUCUGCUUCCCGUCGUAGCCUCUGUUGUCAGUGGAAAUGCAGAAGCCCAUCUGGUGCCAGUCAGUGAGAAGCAAUGUUCCGCGCUCUCCCCACUAGAUCUCCAUGCUGCCCCCAGCCUUGUCCGUUCCAUGCUGCUCCGAUCCAAACUCUCACAGGUAGUUGGCGGGGGAGGAAGGGGAAAUGAUUUUAAAAACAAAAUAUUUACGACAGAAACUCUUAGGAUCACCUGACCUUUGUGAUGUUAUUUAUGUUGGGGAGGGAGGGGGGCUGAGAAGGGGAAAUCAGCAGUGUACAACAUCGAUAUCAUUUGUACUUUAAUUACAAAUCACAAGGAAACCAAUAAGUUGAAAUCCUAUAUAACAGGUUUAUAUAUAUAGAAUAUGUAUAUUUGAAGCCCUCUACAGACUGAGUCUGUGUUUUACUAAUUCUUUGUUCACUGUGUUACCCAUCUUGGAAUGAGGCAUGAGUGUCGGCUCCCUCUCUCUGGGGCCUUCAGACUUAGCCCCUCAGGAGAGUGAUGAGCCAAGGUUGAGUGUUCCGUACAAUGCUUAUGCCUCUGGUCCAAGGAGAGUCAGAGACUCCAGGCAUUUGGGAGUCUUCAAGGGCACAUCCUGAGGACAAAAAUAAAAGUUGUUUAUGAGAAUAGGUCUGUGGUGUGGUUCUUCUUUAUAGAACCAGGCUCAUUUGGACAGCUCUGAAGCCUAACUAUAACUCUGGGUCAGAUCUUCUCAAGUCCUAGGUUGUCUUUAUCUAUCUUUCUUUCCACCAGAGCAAGAUGAGGGGAGAAACAAUCCAUCACUAGGUUUUAUGGUUGAUGAACUUUAUUAACACGAUACCUUUGACCAGGAAAGAUGCACAGUCAGCAGAUGUUCAGAGUUGAUAAUUGACCUUCCUGGGAAAGGAAGAAUAAUCUAAACCACAAAGUCAGCCCUCCAGUGAGCACUGAGAUCCUAAAGUUCAUCGAAGUAAGCUUCGUGGAGCUUUGGUGAGAGUUGUACCACUGUGAAACUGAGCACUCCCUUUGGGACAGGACUCCACUGAACACAGGGUUUCCUAGAACAUUAUCAGACACCAGUCAUCUCAAAUACUGGGUCACUAAACCUGGAGCAUUUGGUUCUAGCAGAGACUGUAAUUUCUUAGAAGCAGGUGAGCAGUCAGACAUGCCUGUCAACUCUCCUUCUGUCUUUUAUGCAGCUGGAGUCCAGCUAAUUUCAAACAAACAGUUUUAUAUCAGAUGUAUUUUGAGAAGCAGCUCAUUCAUUGCUGGAUAAAGUGAACCUCUUUUCACUGAG